GCGCGCGCCGGCGGCGGCGGAGGCCCCGCGCACGUGUCUCCAGGGCGACGGCGGCGCCAUGAGGCGGCCGAACGUGCUGAUCACCGGCACUCCGGGCGUUGGGAAAACCACGCUGGGAAAGGAACUGGCAUCCAGAGCAGGGCUGAGCUACAUCAACGUGGGGGACCUGGCCAAGGAAGGGGAACUGUACGAGGGCUUUGACGAGGAGUACGACUGCCCCAUUCUGGACGAGGACAGGGUGAUCGACGAGCUGGAGGACAGGAUGAGGGAGGGUGGGGUGGUGGUGGAUUACCACGGCUGCGACUUCUUCCCCGAGCGCUGGUUCCACAUCGUGUUCGUGCUCCGCACAGACAACUCCUUCCUCUACGACAGGCUGGAGAGCAGGGGCUACACAGGGAAAAAGCUGCAAGACAACAUUCAGUGUGAGAUUUUUCAGACUCUUUAUGAAGAAGCUAUGGAGUCAUACAAAAAGGAAAUUGUGCACCAGUUACCCAGCAACACUCCGGAGGACCUGGAGAGAAACUUGGAUCAGAUUAUGCAAUGGAUUGAGCAGUGGAUGAAGGACAACAACUGAUUCAGGGUGGAACAGUGACUGCUGAAUCUCUUCCUGGGAGGGUUCAAUAAAUGACAUUCAUUUUGUAUCAGUUAAUGUGAAUUUUACUGUAACUGGAUAUGGUUGGGGAGUAGAAGGUUUAGAACAGCCAAGUUUGUGAAUGUUUGGAACAGCCUCUGAAGCACCCUGGGAGAGACACGCAGGAGAACCCACACAAGUGAAUGGAAGGAUGGAAACAGCACCAAAUUUCUCAGUAGAGGAGCUGUGUUCAAUAAUUGAGAACUCUUUGGGCCUCACAAUUAAAACCAAACCAUGAACUCACCCCAGAAAAACUGUAAAAUACUGAUAACUGGUGGCACUUUGGAUUUCUAGAGGGUGCAACAGUGUCCUGAAAAGGGGUUAAUCUGAAGCUGAGUUGUGAGACUGGAAACUGCUGUGCCCCACUGUGUCCUUGGGUGUGAGGCUAAUGCAGACGAGGGGUUGGUUCAAGUUAAGGAAGGAAGUGACACGGUAACAGUUAUUUUAAAAUUCACAGAACUUUGGGAAUUCCUUCAUGGGUAAGGACACAUGGGCUGUAUCUGCACUGGUGUGGAAUGCUGAACAAUAAAGAGCAAUAAGCUUUCUUUUC